ACACUAGCUUGGUUAUCCUUUCUGUAUUUCCUUGGUCCCGUUAUAGCCGAACCUUUCAGGUGAGACUCCUUUGGAAUCCUGGUCUAUAUAUCGUAUAUCGCUGGUCGCUAUAAUUAGGCUGAGAGCUUUGAAGUCACGCGUACACACGCCGGGAAUAAGGUUGACGCGCCUUGUUCACCUACUUCCAUCUCCGACUAUCUACCUCGCCUUAUUUCCUUCCUUUCCCGUUCAAUCCUCCUUGAAAGGAUCUCUAUGCAUAGUUAUUAGCCAAAAACAUCGGCAUACCCGCUCGAGGCACACAAAUAUUGAUUCUCUCAGCCCUUUUUUUGUGGUUUUCGCAUGCGGAGAAACCACGUCCCCGCUGGGCCACUGUUAAGACGUCAUUUAGGCGGACUGAGAAUCACGCGGAGGCUAUAAUCCAAACGGGAUGCGAUGACUGGAUUACAGCGUUGUUGGUGCGUGGAGAGACGUGCCCGCCGUGAGGCUCAUAUGUUACGGAAUGGGAAAAGAGUAGUUGACGUGGACUUUAUAAAUGGCAUGUUGUGGUGUGUUCUUGUCCCUUUCGCUUUCUUUUACCCAUCAUCAGUGGGUUAAUCUUGCGCUGUUAUUCCAGACUUGAAUCAACGCCUCAUUCACGAAUUUGCAUCGAUUGGUAUCAUGCGUGUACACACCUUCAUAUCUGCCAUCUUUUUAUCAAUCCUUGCGUUCGUUAGCGCCAAAUCCACACCACAUCUGGAAGAUCGGGCAGCCGCUGCUGGUUCCGAUUCACAAGCGGCUAUCACACCACCAGUGUCGUCUACCCCUUGCGAUGGAAUGGUUCAGAGGAGGAUGCGGCCCUUACGGUUUUUCAGACCGAGGAACCAUCCUUGACGAUUACCGUGACAUGAUCCGACAUAGAGACAUAGACUCUUAAUUAUGCAUUCACUCUAUGAUUAUCUUGACUCCUAGAAGUAACCAACGCUCUUUAUCUAUAUAUAUGUACUUAUAUGGGUUGUAAAUGGAAACUUGGCGGUAUUUUCGUACCUCGUGUUCCUCUUGAG